AUGUAUCCCUACGACGAGAAGGUCGACCCCGGGCUGAACCUGAGCCAGAAGCAGAUCCGAGAAUGGGCCGCGGACCUGUCCAUCGCCGAGGGGUUACAUACGGGCCUCUUAAUCAUCAUGCACUACCGCAACCUCGUGGCAAGCAAGGACAGGUGGCACCGCAUGUUCGAUUCCUAUCGCGGGCUUACCAAGCCCGGAAUGCACACCACCAACGUGAUUGCAUGGGCCGCGGUGGUAGGCAAGGAGGCUGCAGCAGAAGAAGCGGAUCUCGGCGACGUGGAGCCGACGGACUACGCGGGAGCGAUCGCAUGCGCCAUUGCAAUGGUGUGGGAGGUCACUCGCGGUUCUAACGUCACUGCCGCGGCGGAUAAUGGAAACCUGGCCGCGCGUGCAGCUGGUUGCUAUGGAAAGCGAAGCAGUCUCUUCCCCGUAGUAUCCGCGUACGUCAUCAAUGCGGUGCGGAAGCGCAAUAGCCGCGAGGAAGAUGAGCCACAGGUUAUCGCGGACCCGAAGGCGGUCGCCGCCGCGAUCGUUUCCGGAGUCGUGAACGAGGUCAUUGCAAAGUCUCGCGAUCUCAGGCACAUCGAGUUGGCCGCCCGCGAAACGGUGGACGUUAUCAUCACCUGGUGCGACUGCUCGGUGGCAGGGAAGCAGAUGGAGUCCUUGGGUUCGUACCUUGCCCUGCCAAAGGAUCGUCUGAAGAAGCGCACUUGA